AUGGCAGGCAAAUCAACGCCCUCGACAACUCUGCGCCGCAAUGGGGCGCGUAUCCGCAAGGCUCUCGAAGUGUGUGACCUUGCCGAGUAUGCGCAACGGCUGGUGCGUCGUUCGUCGCCUCUGCGUGUGCUCGGCCUGGACGUCAACACCAACAGCACAGGAUUCGCCGUCGUGACGGAACGUGGGCGCGUGUGUCGCUGGGGCCACAUCCCCACUGCCCAAUUCUCCAGCGCCGACGUCAUGCAAAUCGGUGGUGCCGUCGAUGAGUUCCUAGCCAACGUCCACGCCGCCGAGCUGGAACAACAACCCGACGCUCAAUGGGUCGUGGGCAUCGAAGCGUUCAUGCGAAUGUUCCGCUCUGGUCGCUUCCACAACGCCGGCAUUUUCCAGCUAGCACAGCUCAACGGCAUCGUGUCCUUCGCGUGUUGGAAGCGCUUUAAUGUGCUGCCAUUGCACACCCACCCAUCGGCUGCUCGUGGAUUCUUCGGUCUUAGUGCACCGACGACGAAGAGCAAGAAGAACAGCGUCAAGCACCAGGUCAUGGGCUUCUUGGAAAAGCAGGAGCCUGAACUCACGCAGGCAGCAGGUCAAUACACGAAGACGUCCGAAGCACUUCCGAGCUUUGAACGGAUGCGUACAGGAGCGCUGGCCGACUCAGCAUUCGACAUCGCCGACGCCUACGUGAUCGCAGCGUAUACGCGUUGCGUUCACUUCCAGACGCAGUUACAGAGAUGGAAGCUCUGA